ACUCGCUGCUGUGGCGGAUAAGUACAAAGAGGCUGCUGGUGGUGGUGCGGACGGGACGUGCUGUGUGCCACGGGGCUGAAGUAUAACCUUGCAGAAGUUUUGACGUUACGUUAAUACCUCAACCGGACGUUUUCUCCUUCAAUAAUUUAACUCCAAGGACAACCAGAGAACAGGAGUUGCAUUCGGGUCUAAAAACAGCGUGUGGAGACACUGGUCUGCAGGUUGCAUGGUAAUCUGGAUUUGAUGCAUGGCAGUUGCAUGACCGCAGUAGGUCUUGUUGCGGGACUAAGCACACAGCUGCAGCCAUGGCACAAACCAUGCACGUGAAUGGCAAUGGCUCAGAAAGAGGACAAAGAUGCCCAAGCACAGAGACCGAGAAGGACUCUGUGGCCCCCUACUAUGUUGAAACUCCCUAUGGUUAUCAGCUAGACCUUGACUUCCUCAAAUAUGUCGAUGACAUUGAGAGGGGCAACACCAUUAGGAAGCUGAGUAUCCAGAGGAAGCCGAAAGUGGCCAAACCCUUGGCGGUGCCUCGGGGCAGCACUGGUGGGGGCAGCACCCAGGCUGAAUGGACCUCCACGGACUCCCUUUCCUCGUCCAACAGCGACGGCAAGCAGUCCCCAGUCUUCUUCAACUCCAGGCCCCAGGUCACUGCACCGCUCACCCCAACCUUCUCCAGAGCAACUUGUGAAGUCCCCCUGCAGCAAUCUUAUUUGGGCAUCACAGAUCAGAAGCUGUUACUGCCACCUCCUUCGCCAAGGUUUGCCCCUCGUCACAACCCCCAGGUGGAAAAAACCCUCAUGGAGACGCGAUUUCGUCUUGAGCAGGAGCGUCUGCUCAUGCAGCCGCACAGCGAUCCUCCGAUGCCGCGCCGCCGUCUCGCCAGCUUCGGUGGCAUGGGAUCCAACAGCUCGCUUUCCUCUUACUCAGGCUCCAUUGCCACAAGCCAAAUCUCUCCCAGCACCCAUCAUCCUCUCCCCAUCAACGGAAACUUCCCCAAUGGAGAUUAUAAUAACUACUACACGCAAUCCAUGGGCAGCUCCAUUCGCCACAGCCCCAUGAGCUCCGGCAUGGCCACGCCUGUGACAAACGUCAGCCCAUUACACCUACAACAAAUCCGGGAGCAGAUGGUUGUGGCCUUAAAGAAGCUAAAGGAGCUAGAGGAGCAGGUUAAAACCAUUCCUAUCUUACAGGUUAAGAUUGCUGUUCUUCAGGAAGAGAAAAGACAAUUGGCUGCUCAGUCCAAAAAUCCAGGUCCUGGUGGCUUUCGCAAGCGCUCCUACAGUGUAGGCAGCGCUGACCAAAUGGAGAACCCGGGACUCAUCCAAAAGGAAACGGAGUUGCACAUCAUGGAGCCUGAAGCCCAGGAACAAAGCGCUCAGCGGCUGGAGGAGUUCAGACGUCUGGCUUCUGAGGUCCAAGCUCUGGAGAAGACAACCCUGGAUAAUAAUAUAACUGAAAUUCAGCCUCAUAAGCUCAAGCAAAGCAAGUCCAUUGGCAUAGUUACUGAUGAAAAUAUGAACAACCUUCCUCUCAGUCGGAGGACAAAUGCACAUUGUUUCCAGGAUGUCGGAGUAUCAACGGAGCCGCAGGAAAUGCGCAGUGCUGCUGUUGGCGUGACCGAGGCCAUGCUGGGCAUGACCAGUGAAGCUGAAAGGGAGAUCGAGCUCCAGCAGCAGACCAUCGAAUCACUGAAGGAGAAGAUCUACCGCCUGGAGGUGCAGCUGAAAGAAAGUACUCACCAAAUAGAAAUGGGGAAGCUUAAACUGGAGCUCCAAGCGGCCGGUGGGUCCAACAAGAAGAAAGCGGACAAAGGUUCGAUGGCCAGGCCAGAGAUGUACAACGCGUGUGUGGAGGCCAAAGUCCAGAUGCGCAGCCAGGGAGUGGGUGACCAUCUGGAGCUCAGUAAUGCAAACACAGCUAGAACUCUACAAACCCACACUAUAGGAGUGUCCUGUCAACUCAGUGUGCAGAGUGUUGCCACAGGCCCAGAGAUCCCCAUGGACCGGUGGGUGGUGCGUGAGAGUGUGGAGGUAAAAGACAAAUGUGUCGGGAGAUGGGUGGAGACCUGCCACCAGCUAGUUGGCGUGGAGAUGAAUGUUUGCGAGGUGGGUGUUAACACGGAGGAAUCAGUAGAUAGCUUGGCUCUCUGUAAACCCAUGACGGAGUUGAGCAAAGAGUCGAGGUCCGUCGGCUGUGGGGAUUGUUCAGUAGAUGUGAUCGUUAGUCCCAUUAAGACGCUGGUGUCGCAAGGAACAGACCCAGAUUACUUGCUCAAAGUGGACUCUGGUGUCAUGGCCGCUCCUGAGUCAGCAACUCAGCAGACCAAUACUGAGACGGAAGUAGUGAGCAAAUCCACCAAUACAAAGACAGCUGUCCUGACCGACUCUUUCACUGAUAUGGGGUUGAUCACAUGUGACAAAAACACCAACACGACUGUGUAUGAGACGAGGACAGUUGCUGCCGGGGAGGGUCUAAUCAAAGAUGUUCACUCAACGGUAAAGAUGCGCUCAGUUGCUGUUGGAACCACCACGGACGAGGAGUCAUUUGUUGGCCGAUCGAGCUCUACUAAAACCAAAGAAUUUGGGGUUGGACCAGUUAGCAUCCAUGAAAACUUCUUGGUUGGAUUAAAAACGAGGAACAUUGCAUGCGGCCCAUCCCAGGGACCUGAAUGUGUCACGAGCAGCAGCAAAGAGACUGCAGAGGUGGAGACUGAGGCUGCACCACCGCAAGCUCAGGCCCAGGGGGGCGCCGGACUGGACCAUUACAUCGAGAGGGUUCAGCAUCUGUUACAGGAGCAACAGAUGCUGCUGGCGGAGAACUACAGCGAGCUUGCUGACGCUUUUGGUCAGCCCCAAUCCCAGUUUGGAUCCAUCAACAGUCAGCUGGUCAGCACGCUCUCGUCCAUCAACGUGGUGAUGAAGCAUGGAAGCGCAGAGGACAUCCUCAAGCAGCAGUCGGACUCUGUGAACUCGAAUGAAGAGAGCAGUCAGCAGCUCCAGUCACACAUGGAGAAGACUCCAUCGGACCUGACUCCUGCAGACACACCUGCACAGCAGCAGAUCAGUGCAGCGGAGCAGAAGAGCCGUAUGGACCUCCAGAUGUCUACAGCGCUAAAUGGGCAGCCAUGCAGCCAAAACACCCUGAAAUCCAUCAUGAAGAAGAAAGAUGGCCGACCCGACUCCAACGGCACCAAGAAGAACCUGCAGUUUGUCGGCGUGAACGGAGGGUAUGAGACUACAUCAAGUGACGACUCCAGCUCAGAGGACAGCAGCUCCUCAGGUUCGGAUGAAGAGGAUGAGGAAGAGGAAGAAGAUGAGGAGAAAGAGUUUGGAGAAAAGCCGGAGGGAUUUCAGAACGUGGAGGGAAAGAGCACUAGGGAGGAGUUUCAGCCUGAGGGAGCAGAGGACGUGAAGAAGCAAAAGGAGGAAGAGGAAAGUUCAGAGAAGCAGGAGUUGAGAGAGAGGUAUGAGCUAAGUGAGAAACUGCUGGCUGCGAGCAACAUUCUCAAAACUCACCACAGUGACCCCAAAGCUGUGAGCAGUAAAGAUCUGAGAGCCUGUCUGAACACGGUGCAGCACGAGUGGUUUCGUGUGUCCAGCCAGAAGGCUGCGAUGUCAGCCAUGGUGGAGGACUACCUGGGGGCCUUCGAGGCCAUCUCGCCUGCCGUGCUGCGUCACAUCGUCAACAUGGCCGACGGAAACGGCAACACGGCGCUACACUACAGCGUGUCGCACUCCAACUUCCUGGUGGUGAAAAAGCUGCUGGAUGCAGAUGUGUGCAACGUGAACCAGCAGAACAAUGCGGGAUACACGCCCAUCAUGCUGGCCGCGCUGGCCGCAGUGGAGUCGCCCAAGGACAUGCGUAUCGUGGAUGAGCUCUUCAGCAAGGGCGAUGUAAACGCUCGGGCCAGCCAGGCUGGGCAGACGGGGCUGAUGCUGGCGGUCAGUCACGGCAGGAUGGACAUGGUUCGGGCCCUGCUGGCUCACGGGGCCGACGUCAACAUACAGGACGACGAGGGCUCCACGGCGCUGAUGUGCGCCAGCGAGCACGGACACGUGGAGAUCGUCAAACUGCUGCUUGCUCAGCCUGGGUGUGACGCCACCCUGAGCGAUGGCGAUGAGAGUAAUGCCCUGUCAAUCGCUCUAGAAGCAGGACACAAGGACAUUGCAGUACUGCUGUAUGCACAUGUCAACUUCUCCAAAGCCCAGUCCCCUGGGACCCCUAGACUUGGCAGAAAGACCUCACCCAGUCCCACUCGGAGGAGCAUGUUCGAUUAAGUGCCCCGUCUCUCAGAACAAACCCUGCGCUGCUAUUGGUUCACGCUGCCUUACCCACAGCUGACGAGGGACACAAUCCCAAGCACCAACCAAUUAGAUGUCUGGAAAUAUUUGUUAUUUAUGUGCACACUGACUAGCCCAAAGUGCCCUUUGAAUAUGAAUGUAACCAGCUGGUGCCUCAAGUCCCAUCCGGAUCCGCCUGUAAUAAUCAGCUAACCAACACGGACACAGAUUCAACCACUAAUUGCCAUUUUUUUUAAUGUACUUUAUAUUUUUCGCAAUUUGACAACUUUCUCUUUAUUUUUAAAGCUCUAUGUUGAUCAUUCAAGAGCACCAAACAUUUGUGAUUUUUUUUUUUUUUUUUUGCAUUCGAGUACACCGAAAAAUCCAACCACAUGUUAGAGGAAAUAUUUCCUGUAUAUAUUAAUCACCUCGACAUCCCGGCCUCAGACAUGUGCGCUCGGUUCUCUGCAGUGUGUGUAGAACUCGUGCGGAUCAAUGCAUCGAUUAAUAGACGCGUCCUAGACUGGAGAAAUUGUACUUUUAUACAAAUCCUUUGUAUCUAUUUAAAAAGAAGAAUCACAGUAUUUUGAAUAUUUCCUAUUACUGCUUAACGACCCAUGAAGUUAUAUAUUUAUCAAAGUAUAGUUUUUAAUGCAGAUAUAUGUAUUUCAUUGUACAUAGUGGUUAUUAGAGUUUAGUUAUUACUCCUUUUUUGUCCACUUUCUUUCCGUCUGUCUCAUGUAAUAUAAGCUGUCUGUCCUCUAGUAUUCAUCAAGGUACUGACUUUCAUCCUUCAAUGAGAAAGUGCCUGAGACUACGCAAUAUAACAAUAAACAUCAAUUAAAGAAUAUAAA